CGCUAGCCGCGCGUUUCCGGCCUGAGAAACUGUCGCGUUUCUGCGGAGACACCUGGACUGGCCGCUACCACCGCGCUAGAAGCCUCUGGGUCGGCCGCUUCCGUCGCUAGCGUCACCAUGGGAGCUGUGCUGGGCAUCUUCUCCCUUGCCAGCUGGGUUCCAUGUCUGUGCAGCGGUGCCUCGUGUUUACUGUGCAGUUGCUGUCCCAACAGUAAGAAUUCCACUGUGACUCGCUUCAUCUACGCUUGCAUUCUCUUCCUGGGCACUAUCAUGUCCUCCAUCAUGCGGACAGACUGGAUGGAAACAGAGCUGAAGAAGAUUCCUGGAUUCUGUGAAGGGGGAUUUAAAAUCAAGAUGCCUGAUAUAAAAGCAGACAGAGAUUGUAACGUGCAAGUCGGUUAUAAAGCUGUGUAUCGGAUCAGCUUUGCCUUCACCAUCUUUUUCUUUGUCCUCUCUCUGCUCAUGAUAAAAGUAAAAACAAGUAAAGAUCCCAGGGCAGCAAUACACAAUGGGUUUUGGUUUUUCAAAAUUGCUGCCCUUGUUGGCAUCAUGGUUGGAUCUUUCUACAUCCCUGGGGGCCGUUUCACCACAGCCUGGUUUGUUAUUGGCACGGGUGGGGCCUUUUUCUUCAUCCUUAUCCAGCUGGUGCUGUUGGUAGACUUGGCUCACUCUUUUAAUGAAUCGUGGGUAAAUCGAAUGGAAGAAGGAAACCCAAGGUGCUGGUAUGCUGUGUUACUGUCUGUCACAAGCACCCUGUAUACCCUGUCAAUCAUCUUUGUUGGUUUGCUGUACGCAUACUACACCAAACCAGAUGGCUGCACAGAAAACAAGUUCUUCAUCAGUAUCAAUCUGAUCCUUUGCGUUGUGGUUUCUAUUAUAUCAAUCCAUCCAAAAAUUCAGGAACACCAGCCUCGUUCUGGCCUCCUGCAAUCCUCUGUCAUCACCCUCUACACCAUAUACCUCACAUGGUCAGCCCUGACCAAUGAACCUGAUCGUUCCUGCAACCCAGGACUGUGGAGCAUCAUUACACACAUCACCGCACCAACCUUGGCUCCUGCAAAUUCAACUGCUCCGGUCCCCACCGCUGCUCCACCAUCACAGAGUGGGCAUUUUAUGGACACAGAGAAUUUUAUUGGGCUGCUAGUCUUUGUUUUAUGCCUUUUGUAUUCUAGCUUCCGCACUUCCAGCAAUAGCCAAGUAAAUAAGCUGACCUUGUCAGGAAGUGAAAGCGUGAUCCUCCGUGAUACAGCUCCCAAUGGUUCUGGCGAUGAAGAAGAUGGACAGCCCCGGCGGGUUAUGGACAACGAGAAGGAGGGCGUUCAGUACAACUAUUCUGUCUUCCACUUCCUGCUCUGCUUGGCUUCCUUGUACAUCAUGAUGACCGUGACUGGCUGGUACAGCCCUGAUGCAGAGUUCCAGAAUGUGAGCAGCAAAUGGCCCACUGUGUGGGUCAAGAUCAGCUCCAGCUGGGUCUGCCUCUUCCUCUACGUCUGGACCCUCAUGGCUCCAGUUGUCCUCACCAAUCGAGACUUCAGCUGAAGCUCUGAGGACCAAGGACACCACUGAAAUCCAUAAAGGUUUCCUUGGCUGAAAGCCUUUUUGCUUUUGCUUCAACUAAAAUACUAAGCGAAUGCUGUGCAAAUUUGACUAUAUCCACAUUUAUGUCGGAGGGUGAGAUUGCAGAAUGAUUGAUGCAGGAUCUGAACUUCUCAUUUACAUGUAUGUUUGUUUGUAAGGAUAUAGCGCAAAGGGGACAUUUUUGCAUUGUAAAGUGAGCUACAGCUGUGCUGUGAAGAGAGUUCUUUAUUAAGACCAACUUUGAUUUAAAAUAUAAGAGAAAAUGUUGGAUAUUUGAGGCCAUCGUUAAUAUAUUUGUAUUGCAGUAUCUUUAAAGAGCAAAAAGAAAAAAAAUAAUAAUGUAUUUCUAUGACACUUUUUCUCUGUGAACGUCUUUCCUUGUGUGAUACAAGCACUCAGUUCAAUCCUUAAACUCUUAAGAGGUGUUGUAUCAUGGGCGAAGGAGUAUGUGUGUGGAUCUUUCCCGAGAAGAGGAGUUGCUGAUAUGGCUACUGCUUUUACAGCUUGAGUUUUUCAUUUACUUUUGUUAUACUAGUUAUACUACAACACUGAUGCUGCUUGAUUCAAGUCUGGGGCUUUGCCAGACUUUUAAUUUCAAUAAAUGCUUUGUAGGUUUGGUUAAAAUGAAGAUUCACUUGGGAAAACAGUGCACCUUUAGUCUAUGUAAUUAUCUUAUUAUGAGUAUGUAAAAGUAAAAUGCAUGUGAGUUUAUUAUAUUUGCACUAUAAAGGUAUUUGAUUAAAAUAGA